AUCAGGAAGAGUGAGACUGUGACUCUGCAGAGUAAAUAGCAGCAGACUCAGUUCCCUUUCAGUCAGAAUGGGCCGUAACUGAGUUGAACUGGGAUAUUGUUUUCGGAGGAAACGAUGGAAAUAAUUCGUUUCGGGAUGGGACUGAAGAGGCGACUUGGCGUUCACAACACUUUCAUCCUGCUGGUUUUGGGGAAUAUUGCGACUGUAAUAUGCAUUAAUGGCCAAAGUCUUGACUGUACCAACGACUUUGAUAAAACCAUGUUUUGCAACUUUGGAAGGGAAAACUGUACCGAAUACAGAAUGACUCUUGUGAACGACAGCUGGUAUGGGGAUAAGGGCUGUGUUUUCAAGCAGUGUGACAACGGACAGUGUUGCUGCUCCAUCCAGAUGCCUUAUUUUGUUGCAGAUGAAACUUUUAAAGCAAGAGUUUGGAAAGGAAGCAAAAAGAUUGAGUCAAAACCCAUCAAUGUAAAAGGCAGCGUAAAGCCCAAAACCCCAACAAUCAUCUCAGUCAAUGAAUCCAUGGAGAACUUUAAAGUUGUUUGGUUGACAAACGUGGACGACAUUCUGAGUACGAGUCUGACUGCUGAAGUGACUUAUCGUGUUAAAGGAUCCACUAAAAAGGAAUCUGUACGGGUUAACCAAACUGCAGCUAACGGAAGAAACGACUAUGAAAUACAAGGACGACUCUUGGAGCCAAGGACAACGUAUGUGGUCAGUGUGAGAAGCUACACGGCCUGGAGCAACAAGUUCAGUGACAGUAGUAACGAAAAGGAGUUUACAACCUAUACUCCGUUCACCAUCAUCAGCCUCUGUGUAGCUGCAGUCCUCAUCAGUGGUGUUAUAUAUGGCUGUUACAUAAAACUCAGAUCAAAAUGGUUGGACACAGUGGAAAAAUGUCCAAAUCCAAAACUUCUUGAUAUGCGUCCAUCUGAGCAAAAGUUCUUGAAGACUGCACCGCCCAUCUUCUCCUCUGUCUGUGUUGAGCCUCUCUCAGAUGACAGGAGAGUGUGGUUUAAACAUCCACUGAAAGACUCCAGUGAUGGGAGCCUUCAACAAAGCAGUGGAAUCGGCUCUGGCUCCUCUUGUCUCAGCGACGCCAACUCAGAACCUGCAGACAUUAUAAGUGAAGUUCAGGAUGCCACCAGGAAAGCCCUCUCUAAGAUCAUCAUCUCAACAACAUCACCUUUGACCACUGGCCUAAUGACAGACUUUCCCCAAGACAGCAGUUUGCUCUGUGCUCCUCACAACCUUUGUGAUGUCCAAGAUGAGGACAUGAGCUCCGGGUUGUCUGCGUUCCUAAAUAAAACCUACUCCAUCCCCAUUCCUGGCGACCCAGUCCAGACUACGACAGACAUCUCUGAGGUCCAGAAUGAAAUGCCCUGUGAGACUGCGUACCGUCCAAGUGAGGGUGCCACUGUGGUCUCUACUUACCAACAGGCAGCACCAUGUCCACCCAUCACUUUGCCUUUCUCUUUGAUACCCACUGACAUUUCCUAUCAGCCGUGCAACAUAAAUUCAGGGACAUAUACAUUUCAACACUCCGGUAUAUCCUCCGUCUCCAGUGGAACAAACACAACCCCAUCAUGUGAUCCUGUAUGUAGAGUUGAAGCUGCAUGUGAGGGUUUUGAAAAUGGAAAAAUUGAUGCCGAGGCCAUUGUUAGUGAUGAAAAUCCCUGCUCUGUGCCUGCAGAGUCACACAGCAUCCCUGCAGUGGACUACGACUAUCAGCCAUUUCAACACCUAGUGGAGCCGAGUGUUUUCAUUUCAGACAUGAAAGGGGGUGAGAAAGAGGAACAUUGUAACCAUCCUGAGGACCCUUACAUCAAGACACCUCAAACAGUAUAAAACUCUGAGCUACAGAGACCUCUUCUGGCCCUGAUCUCAGCUGAUCAGUCCAUGCCGAUAAUCACAGACAGCGGCUACCAGUGCUUGUAGAGCUACUAUUUUUUAUGCACUUGCUUUUAGUUGUUUUGAGUUUCUUUGAAUUCAGGGAAUGUAAAAUAUGAGAGGAGGUGGAUAAUGCUGAUUGUUGUGUGACUAAAGUUUCUGUUUCAGUUUACUUUAAAGCAGCAGAGGAGGAGAGAAAAUGAAACUCAAGGUUCUUUUUAGUUCAGUGGAGGCCAUCCUGUGGACCACAUGAACUGUGUUUGAUCUUGAAACUGUAUUGCUGCUAUUCUUGGCCAGGUCUCCUUUGAAAAAGAGAUCUUUGAUCUCAGUGGGACUAACCUGGUUAAAUAAAGGUUAAAUGAAUAAACACGUGGCUCACUCAGUGCAGCCUGCAAGUGUAAUACAGUGCUUAACUCUGUACACCCUAACCCUAACCCAAGUAAGGUUUAUGCCACAGCUGCCCUAAAUUAACAGCAUUGGUAAUUACCAAAGUCAUUGUUUAUGUUUCUGCAAUGGUUAAUACACCAAUAUGUACAAGCUCUUUAACCCAAAUCAUAUUUUUAAUGCUAAAAUAUCAUUAUUAUUGUUAUCCAUGAAUUUUCAAAUUUACUGAUUUACAAAAGAAAGCUGAAAAAUUAGUAAAGCACAAUAAUAUUUCUUGAUUAAUAUGUCAAAUUAUAGUUAUUUACUUGCAUUCCUGAACAGAAAAAUGAGUUUUAGUGGUUGAAUGUUAUGCUCGAUUCAUUUCUGACUUCUCAGAGAAGCCCAGUGAG